AUGAUCUGGCCUGGUCGACCCAAUCAUGAUAUUGAAGGAUGGGACCUUUUCUCGAAAAACCCUGUAUCUCGACAUAAGGGCAUUCUUUUCGAUCUUGUACCCAGCAAGAAAACGAAUGCGCGAACGCGGCUUUCGCGCAGCUCAAUCCCUUGCUUGUUCGCUUCGCAUAGGCUACACAAGCGGGAUGAUCUUCCUUUCAUUCUUAAAGGCCUCCAUCUUGCAUUUUCACGCGCUCAAUCGGAAUUGCUACUAUUUUCGAGUGUUGGAGCUCGGGAUUUCCUUAAGCGAGUUCAAGGAAGUGACGUGAAGGUAACCUUAGGUAAGGAGCUGACGAGAGAAACAGGAGGACACUCUAUCAAAGGCCUUGAUCCAGCUCUCGCUUCUGUAUCAACUACAGGCCUUCACUCUACUCUCUCGUUCAGAUCCUCCGUUCUAGGUCCAGGCAUACGCAAGGAUGGGAAGGAGACCACAACUCCAGAUCGAUGUCCCAGGGAUGCUAUUCUUACAAAUGCUUACUGCCCAACAACAUCUUUUCGAAGCAAACGGAGCUCACCGAUAUCAAGUUUUACUUCCGCCGAAUACGAAAGGAAAACAAGGAGUAAACAAGAGCUACAACAACUAGAGUGUCAAGGCCAGGAGGAGGCAAGGGAAGUUUCUUUUGGGAAGCAAGCCCCUCAACUUAUCCGCUUAUCGGAAAGAGCAGGGACCUACUACCUACAGGAAGAGACAGGACAGCAAACUUCUGGGCACCUUUUUGUAACUCAUAUCUAUUCUUUGCUCGUUAAGUCUGCGAAGCGAGCCUUCACUGGGGAGAUAGCGACCUCUUCAACUCCACUACUACUACCUGUACUCAAUCAAGUACAAGUAACAAAAAAAAAACAAUUAAUACAAGAAGCGACCUAG